UUAUUAUUCUUGUUUAGUUUAUCUACUCAACUCGUGUUGGAAACACUUACGGGGAGUAAAACAAAGAAACAUGAAAUAUCUGUUGGUUCUAUUGGCUUUAAUGCCCCUGGCAUGGGCCCAUCAAGAAGUUUUGGCCAAUGCUUUGGCUGCCCAAGAUCGCUCGAUUUCCAGCCAAAUUGUUGAUGCCAUCGAAGCAGCCAAAGAACAAAUGCCAUGUGGUUUCCCUGGUCUGGGUAUUCCCCCAUUGGCCCCCUUGAAAAUUGCCCACAAAGAAAUCAAUAUCGAUUCGGAUGCCUUGUUGGCCAUUGGUGAAAUCGAUAAUUUCCGUUUGUAUGGCUUGAAUGAUUUCGAUAUUGUGCAAUUCCGCAUUCAAGCUAUAUUGCGUAAGGGUACCUUCGAAUUCAACUGGAAUCAUGUGUAUUUGGAUACCGAUUAUGCCAUGACCACCCGUGUGAGUGGCGUUAAAAUGCACCGUGAGGGACAUGCCAAAUUCGCCCUGAAAAAUCUCCGUGUCUGGGGUAACUUCAAAUAUUCCAUGGGUAUUUUGGGUGGCUCCAUCAAACUGAACAAUUUCGAUUUGUACGUUUCUGUGGGUGAGGUCAAGUCGGAAAUUGGCGGUCUCUCCAAGUAUAGUAUUAUCAAUAAGAAAUUGAAUCAAAUCAUUGAGGAAUGGGUUUCGCUGGCCAUCAAUGAUAAUACGAACAAUAUUCCAUUGCUUACCAAUGGCUAUUUGGUACCAGCCGUUAAUGCAAUGAUUGGUGACUUGAGUUUGUCGGAUAUUUUGGGCAUGAUUGGUGGCGGCAGCGGUGGCGGUAAUGGUGAAACCGGUGAACCCGUUGAAAAGGUGCCAUGUAUUCCACCAGAGGAGGAUUAGAUCAUUUGCGUAUGUUAAGUUAAAAAUAGAAGAAAAAAAGUGACCAAAUGGUGUUUUAAUAAAUCAA